AUGGAAGUGGUCGUAUAUUUAGCGUUAUUUGUGUUAGCUUCAGUAUUCUUUUCUUCAUCAUGUAUUUUAAUUAUUAUGUGUCGACGACGUGCACAAACUAGAAAACGCCUUCGUAUUGCUCUGUCUUCACUGCGCUUCAUGAAAGCGAAUAAUGGAGACGUUGAAAGUGUGGUACAUCUUGGCCCUCUCAUUGCCCAAAUUUUCGAAAAUAAUCAGUGGAUUUUUGAUGUUUCUGGAAUGUUGCAACAUUGUGUUCUAGUUUUGAAGUUAUGCCAUACUUUAACAGAAAAACUUUCAACCAUUCAGCUAAUGGCGCUUCCACCGAAACUUAAUGAACAAAUUGUAAUUGCUACAAGUCGAGUCAUGCCUCGUUUUGAUGACUUGAUGCGAACCAUGGCUGCCGCUCAGGUAGAUGCUCGUCUUUUGGAAGCGUGUGCUUCAUCGCUUGUCAGUGCUUGCUGGGCACUUGCGUUUCCAUUUACUGUGAUCAGUCCGAAACAUAUCGAUUCACUGCAUGGAAUUUUAAUUGAAAUGGAAGAUCAUGUGGAGGCGUUGCGUUUGAUGACCCAUCAUAUGGAGGAGAAUAAUCAGAUUCAGAACAAAGAUACUUGCCAAAAAUCGUCAUCACCUUUUACAGUUGUUGUGGAAGAAACAGCGUUGACAGAACCUUCCAUGAAUCGCAAUGACUCAAUCACGGAAUCACAACAUAGUGAUGAAGCACCAGCAGAUCCUAUCGCACCAAUAAAUUAA